AUGUCUUCAAUUUUCAUCAAUGCCCCGUCCUCAUCGUCUUCAAUGAAGCGCACCUACCCACCAUCCCGCAAUAAACCAUCAAUAGAAGAGCUGAAACAGGGUAACUGCAAUCCCACACGGAACAAACGAAGCCAUCCCAGAGUGAUUCGCACGAGCUCAGCUUCUCUCCGCUUGGGACGUCGCUGCCGCCACUCUAGGUCUCUGCAUUCACGGAAGGAAGUUGUAACAAAAAUGGGUAAGGGAAAACCGAAGGCUGAUGGUAAACCGAAGACUGAUGGUAAUGGGAAACCGAAGGCUGAUGGUAAUGAAGUUAGAACUGGGUGGAAAGAUCCUAAAGAAUUAAAAGCUUAUUGUGAUUUGUCUGCUGCCCAAGUCCUAGACGGCAAGAAGCAUAAUGGAUUUUUGAGAAAGGAAGGGGUUGAUGAAGUGAUUGAGCAGUUAGGUGAAAUGGGAAAAGUGGUGACUCCCACGCAGUUUAAAAACAAAUGGGAUCAUCUGAGAAAGUGUUGGAAGACUUGGAAGGAGUGUUUUAGUGAGACUGGGUUAGGUUAUGAUCCUGUAACUGGGGUUAUUCACAUGACUGAUGAGUGGUGGACCCGAAAGAUUCAGGCAUGUCCCAAGGCGGCAACUUAUAAAAACAAACCAUUGCCGAAUAUUAAGUCCAUGGAAAUCAUGUUUGAAGGCACGAUUGCAACGGGAAAACAUGCGUUCUGCACAAGUGGUGAAAUACCAAAUGAUUGCACCGAAGGGUUUGGGGACUCCGCUGAUAGCAAAGAAUUUGUUGACCCCCAAUGUGAACCCUCUGCGAACUCAGUUGACCCAAUGGAAGUUGAAGGGCCAGCAUCGUCUAGAGCAAGACCAGCAGUGAAUAAGGGGAAGGGCCUGGCAAGCGGUUUUCAACUUUUUAGGGGAAUUUGCAAGAAACCAAGAAAGAAGCGUUCAACCAUGCAAGAGAUGUCUGACUCUUUGAAGAGCAUGUCAGAUGUUAUUGUUGAAAGUAGAAGCGUAAGUACGCACAAUACACCAUUUCGCACCACAUCAGCUAAUGAGAUGCAAGCAAUUAUGGACAUGGUGUUAACUCUUCCUGGGGUGCAAGCGGGUGAUCGUCUUCAUAUGUUCAGCACCUUCUUCUUCAUGAAUAACGUAGAUGGUAGGAACAUGUUUGCAGCUAAUGUUGAGAGGAAGGAGGUCCAGCUGAGGUGGCUAGAGAAGCAGUACGAAAUGAACCCUCAGUUUCAUGUUCUUUGAAGGAAAGGGGCUUGUCUACAUCCCUAGUUGCUUAUCCUUAUGUACCUCUUGGUGUUGUAGCGAUCGGAUUAUUUUUAUGUA